AUUAAGUGUAUACACGACGAAUGUUGUGACAUUUAUGCUUUGGUGAUGCAAGAAGGCUCUUCACAAUUUCAGUUGAUACGCAUUUCGUAACUUGUUAAUCCAAUAACUGAUAUAUGGUAAUUGCGACGCAUACUUCUGAUGAGUGAUGAUGGUGGAAGUUAAACUUUAUACGAGAAAGACGUACGGCAAAUGAUGGCAGCCAUCUGUGAUGGCGUAUUCGUUUUUAUCAUUACCGGAAGCGGGCAUCCUGGCACUGGCAGCACCGCUAGCGACACACCAGCAGAGGGGACUUUUCUCGUGUGUUACAUUGUUGGGUGCGAUUCAAGUCGUCAAGCUUAACAUACUGUGGACAGUAGAUAAUUAAGAAAAAGUCCAUUCAGUGCUGGGGCAUGCCAGCAAGCAGCAGCAGGAGGGUGCCCCAGUCGCGUCCUGCCGCAUGGAGUCUUUCCUCAUGCUGGCCCAGAUGAGCCUCCACCCAAGUUGGAGAGCAAUGCACCAUUUGAUGUAGCAUCGAGGAGCAGCAGAGGGCGAUGUUGACCAUGACAGUGAUGCAGAAUGAAAGAGAAGCAUUGGAGCAGUUCAGCACUGAACCAGCUGAGGCCAAAGAUGUGUUGUCACAGCUGCGCCAUUUGCAUCAUACCCUGCAAGAAUGUCGUUGGAGGGUGCAGGUGGUCGACCACGCCCUCUGUGCUCAAGGUGACAAGGGACAUCAUGGCCUACAGAAUCAAACUGAAAAUGACCACAGCUUUGAACUUCAAGCAACAAAAGACUGUAGUUUUCAGAACCAGACUAAGGAUGAGGACAGUCUACAGCUUGAAAUAGCAAAAGAUAGCAAUCCCCAGAACAAGGUUGAAAAUUACCAACAUUCUGAGAAACAAGCCAAAGAAACCAUUGAUUGCAAGGAACAGCUUGAGAAUGAUGGUCUUCAAAGUCAACCAAGUGAAAACCAAAAUUGCCAGAGUGGAGAUAAUGAAGAGUAUGAAAAUUUGCUUUGUGAAAAUUAUAAGCACCAGAAGUCAGCUGAAGAAGAGCAUUCCUUCCUAGAUAUGACUUCAAAAGACAUAAAGCUUUCAAUACAUGGUAGAGAUAGUUACAUUCAAGAUCUGUCUAAUGAUAACAAGAAAAAUACUGACACCAUCACAAAUGCCAACAAUCCCUCAAGUAUAGCCAAGAAUGAGUGUAGUCUACAUGAUAAUACUGAAAAAGACAUUCACAAUGAAACCAACGAAGAGACUUAUGUCAAUAGCAGUUUUAAAUGUUGGGAUGAUAGGACAUAUUCAUUUGAAGUAAAACACAACAAGCAUUUGACAAGGCAGGAAUGCAUUAACACAAACAUGAUGGAGGAGGAUAGAUUACCUGUAGACAAUAAUGAAUAUCCAAGUUCCAUCAUGCUGUCUCCACAUGAUUCCCCAGAUCCUAUCUUACCAGUAUCAAGUACCAUGACUGAUCUCAAUGACCAGGAAGUCCAACUUACCAACCCAGAUGUGAUAUUUCCUAGAAAACAGUGGAAAAAAAAAGAAAAGCAAAGCAUUUUUUAUGAUAUGCAAGAGUUAGAGAACAAAAUUUCCUGCAAAGGAGAUAUGACACUUAAGAAAAACCCAAAGAAAGAGGAUGCAUCACAAGAACAGCAGCUGAAGAGUGAGAAAAUCCAGGGUGUUAAAUAUAUUGGGUCUGCUCAUGUAGAUUCUGCUCCAGAGGUGGCUCAGAAAAUGGAUAUUAUUUGGGAAGCACUUGAAAAUCUUAGAACACACUUUUUUGCCUUACAUUCUUCUCUUAUGGAUACUUCUAACCUUUUCCAUAGUCAUGAGUCAUUAAAUAAAUCUCACAUUAACUCAGGUGAAAGUGAAAAAGUCACAAAGUGUGGUAAGGUUCACACUAUUUUUGAGGACCAUAUCAGUGAAACAACACUACUCCACCGGAUCCCAUGUGAGCGAUCCUUGCUUGGAACACUUCCAUUCAAAAACCACCACCAUUGUGUAUGCCAAAACCAGAUUAGUUCACAUACACCACUUAAGGAACCAGUCAACUCAGCAGCAUUGAAUGGCAAAUCAACACGUAAAACGUACCUACGAAACUGGCAAGAUAACUGCCUUUGCAUGGUGGUGGCAAUCUUAUUGUUACUUUUGUUUCUGUUCCUUGCCUCCUGUCUCUUGCUGAUGUUGCCCAUUGUGAGUGUAUCUGUGAGGACUGCAGGAGGGCUUCCUGCCUUCUAGUGUUUAUGAUUAGUAUCUCUCUCUCUCUCUCUCUCUCUCUCUCUCUCUCUCUCUCUCUCUCUCUCUCUCUCUCUCUCUCUCUCUCUCUCUCUCUCUCUCUCUCUCUCUCUCUCUCUCUCUCUCUCUCUCUCUCUCUCUCUCUCUCUCUCUCUCUCUCUCUCUCUCUCUCUCUCUCUCUCUCUCUCUCUCUCUCUCUCUCUCUCUCUCUCUCUCUCUCUCUCUCUCUCUCUCUCUCCAGCAAAUUAAAACACUUUUUAUGACUGCAAUGAAUAACUUAUGCUUUAUCUUUUUAGUCAGUAUCACUGCAGUGCACAAUACAAACAGUUGAAGCCAGAGAAUAUUUGUGUAAAUCAUAAUCUUCAGAAAAAAUCUUAUUCCUAAUAAUUGACCAGAAUACAAGAAAAGUUAAAAAACACAAGAAAUCAAAGAAAUAUUGGUGGCAAAGGAAAGAAUUUCAUAAUUAACAACAAACAAAAAGAUGGAAUUAAAUGUGAAUACAUGCAUAAAGACAUGACAUCAACAAGCAGUAUAAAUUUCUUUUGUGAAGUACAGUCAUCCUUUGUUAUCCACAGGAGUCAGGUAACAGACACACCCAUGGAUAAGGAAAAUCUGUGAAAAAUUAGUGUCCCUCUUAAGAACAUCCCUGAGCCCCCAAAAACUUCUUGAAGUUAAGGAAACUGCAUGUACAUGGUUACACACACCCUUUAGCAGCAAUCCGUGUAAAAGUGAAACCAUGGAAACUGAAACUGUGGUUAACAAGGGAUAACUAUUGUUUUGUGAGGAGGAACAGUACUUCAUUUUUCUGAAAUGCCAAAGAGAAGGGACUUGUAUCAUUCUUAUUGUCAUGUACUGGUGUUUACAUUGUAGAUAGAUUUUUAUUUAUUUAUUUAUUUAUUUAUUUAUUUAUUUAUUAUUUUUGUCGUGCUCUUUGUUGUAGUACAAUAUAGUUCAUUUUAUUUGAGAUAUCUUGUGAAUAUUUGUAGCGAUGUUUCACAGAUUUUCAAAUAAUUUUUCAUUUUAUAAUUCUGAGAUCAGUUAUGCAUCAUGAAAUCAGACAAAGUUUCAUGGAUGGAUGAAGUCAGCAACCUCAUGAAGGGUUAUAAGUAUUCUUUUAAAUACUUUCUCUAUCUCUCUCCCCUGUUUUUUUUUUUUUUCCCCAGAUACACUUGUAUGUGAAUUAGCUUUUUAUUGUAGGAUUUAUAUUAUUUGUUACUAGUACCUUUAUUUCAUUUUUAAUGAAAUUUUGAAGAUGAAUAUGAACCAACUCUUUCAUUGUGUUAGUUAAAUAAUGAUUGCCUUCAUUUAAUAUUAACAAUUUAGAUGUUAGAUUGAUAAUAUGUAUUUUUUAUUAUUAUUGUUACUGCAAGUGGUUUGAAAUCUAGGGCACACACAAUAAAAGGUUGCUAGAAGCCUAACAUAACUUGUUAGCUGUUAUAUGGAUCCUUGAAAAAAAUGUCUGUAGUGAGCUGACAACAAUCCCAUCAGUGCUCUCGUAAGAUGAGUGAGGAGCCGUGGCAUCCUGAGAUACCCUAACAAUGUCAAGUAUGAAGUGUCUUUGGCAGUGUAGUAUUAAGUCCAACCAGAUUGUUGGUAAAAGAUUUAGAUAAUCUCCCACUCUCAUGUUUUAUUGCUAGACAACUGUGAUGAUUUUGUACUUAUUUCUUUCAUCAUUCCCACUUUAGUGUAAAUAUUUUUUUACUUGCAAGAAAGGAUCAUUAAUGUCUUUUUUACUUUUAUAAUGCUUUUGUAGCUUUUUUUUUUAUUGUAUGAAGUUAAGCAUGUUGAUAUUUUUAUAUUUGAUUGAUUGGAGAAGGCUGAUAUGGAUUUUGAUUUUUAAUGCAGGUCUGAUUUUAUAAUUAUUUAUUUGUUACAAAAUUAAUCUAGUCUAAAUAGUUUGUUCUUUUGCAGUUAUAAGUCAGCCUCCAAGCAGAAAAGUGACAUGCAGAGAAUGUGCAAUGUUUGUUAAACUUGAACUGUAGUCACAUACUUCUUGAUGUUCAUACUUCUAAGACUCUCUCUCUCUCUCUCUCUCUCUCUCUCUCUCUCUCUCUCUCUCUCUCUCUCUCUCUCUCUCUCUCUCUCUCUCUCUCUCUCUCUCUCUCUCUCUCUCUCUCUCUCUCUCUCUCUCUCUCUCUCUCUCUCUCUCUCUCUCUCUCUCUCUCUCUCUCUCUCUCUCUCUGUUCUUGAGUUGUAUAUGUAUUAGCUGAUAACCAUUGAGCCACUAUGUUAAAGUUAAAUCACAUUGAAUCAUUGGGUGUGUGUGAUCAGCAUUUGCUUCUGUUUGUUUAUUAACUCUCUCUCUCUCUCUCUCUCUCUCUCUCUCUCUCUCUCUCUCUCUCUCUCUCUCUCUCUCUCUCUCUCUCUCUCUCUCUCUC